AUGGAUGGGCAUUCCCGUAAAAGGACGCAUCAUCGCUCGUGGGACGGACGAGGGCAUCUCUUACGUGGGCGAUGGAGCGGACACUUUCGCAGGAAACACGGUUGCUCGCAGCGGCCGGGGCGAGAAGCGGGCAAACAGGGCGCGGCAGCAAGUCGACGCGACGGGACGGGGUCGAGACUCGGGACGAGGACCAGCGUCCGCCUCUGCUCUGCUGAUGGCGGUAUUGGGCUGGAGAGGGUGAGCGAGCGAGCCCACGUGGAAUGGAUGGAUGGAUGGAUGGACGGAUGGAUGGAUGUGCUUCAUAGCCCUGGCUAUGCCUAG